UGCGCCAGGUAAACAGGAAGUUGCCACAGGUGACACUCCCGCAGAAACCUGAAGCUCCCGGAAAAAGUUUUUUUCUCAGCGGUUUCGUUGAGUUUCCCUCCGUCGCAGUCAAGCGCGAUAGAUUCAGGCCCAGACAGACAUUUGUGAACAACAUUUCGACCGAAGAGGAGCCUUAUUUAAAGACAUUUGCCUUCGUCGUUACCUGCGGCUGGUAGGCCUAUAGAUUUAUUUUGCUCGCAGGUGAAUUCGUUGACGAACACAAUUGGAUCAUCUCCUGGCAACCAGGCCUAGCGUACAGGUUCACCUCGGGGGUGGUGGGGGGGGGGCGAAACAGCCUAUGGCCGGCAUCAAAAACCUCUAUUAGGUCAAAGACACAAACGAAGAAGAGGAGAGGUUUGGGAGAGAAGAAGUAGUUCAGGUGUUUGAGGUCGGUUUGGUUUUUAAUUGUAGCAGCCAUAGUGUUGGGCCCCUAAUGGACUACAUGGACAGCGGACUACGAUACACCCCAAAGCCGGACAAAGACUGGGACACGUCUGUCCAGUUCCUGCCAGCAUCGGAUAACAAAAAGCUUGAGAAGAAAAAGGGUCCCAGGAGAGUCUGGGCUGUGAUCGCCGUGGUGGUCUUUGCUGCAGUUAUAGCCCUUAUAACUGGACUGCUGGUGUGGCAUUUCCACUUCCGUGAUAAUGCGCAACUCAAGAGGAUGUACAGCGGCUCCAUGCGGAUCACCAACCAGGUGUUCGAAGAUGCCUACGAGAACUCCACCACCUCCGAGUUCAAGGCGCUGGCACAGCAGGUGAUAUCACAGCUCAAAUCCAUCUAUUCCAAAAGUCCACAGUUGAAAAAAUACUAUGUUGGAUCUACAGUUCAGGCUUUCAGUGAAGGCAGUGUUAUUGCCUACUACCUGUCCGAGUUCAAAGUCCCUGCGGACCAACAGGCAUCUGUAGACAGUGCCAUGUCUUCAAUGGAGAAGCUAGUGGACAAAGUGCAGCGUACAUUUUCUGGACCUAGCAACUCUCUGGUCCUUGAAGAUGUGAUGUCUUCAGCAAUCGAUUCCCGAAUGUUGUCAACAAAGUUCAGCAAGUCAUUCAGGUUUUCAGUACGUACAAAAUCCAAUCAAAUAGGGCAGAUCCAGUCCCCGGGCUUCCCUGACAGUCCUUAUCCCCCCAACACCUUCUCUGAGUGGCAGCUGAGAGCGGACCCGAACUCUGUCAUCAAGCUCGUUUUUGAUACGAUGAAACUGGAGGAUGACUGCAACAAUGACUUUGUCAAAAUCUACGACUCCUUGGUGGCCAUUGAGAGCCGCGUUAUGCAACAGUUGUGUGGGCAAUACUCGCACACUUCACAACCGACCUUUCUGUCUUCCGGUAAUGUGAUGCUGGUGACGAUGGCCACAAAUGACAAGCUGAACUACCCAGGUUUUAGAGCACGAGUCUCCCAAAUCCCACGCGGAAGUCUAGGUACAACAUGCGGUGGCCAGCUGUUGGGCGAGAAAGGCGACUUCUUUUCUCCCAACUUCCCAAAUUACUAUCCUCCUCGAACUUUCUGCCAGUGGUCGAUCCAGGUCCCUGCUGGUAAGUGGGUGAAGGUGAAUUUCAAGAAGUUACUCCUGGCUGAGCCUGGUUGGAAGGACAGGGCGGACUGUCCCAAAGACUACGUGGAGGUCAACAGAAAGAAACUGUGUGGAGAAAUGGCAGACGUAGUAGUGACCAGCAACACCAACGCAAUGAGCGUGGCGUUUUCCUCCGACGCCUCCUACGUGGACCGAGGUUUCAGUGCGUCGUACAUGGCCAUCGACGCCACAGACCCUUGUCCAGACAAGUUCCAGUGCGGAAAUCACCGCUGCAUUAAAAGCGAGCUCAAGUGUGAUGGCUGGAAUGACUGUGGAGACAUGAGCGACGAAUUAAAGUGCACAUGCUCUUCAAAAGAUAUCAGUUGUGGGAACGGGUUGUGUAAGCCCACGUUCUGGAAAUGCGACGGCGUAGAUGACUGUGGAGACGGCACAGAUGAGCUUAACUGUGGUAAAUGCCAAUCGGGACAAUUUACAUGUAAGAAUAACAAAUGUGUUUCGGAGAAGAAUCACUGCGAUGGCAGGGAUGACUGUGGCGAUGGGUCGGAUGAGCUCAACUGUGCAAAAAGCACUGACAUGGGCCCUGCUGUGAGCUGCACGGACCUUACUUAUAAAUGUAGCAACAAUCUAUGCAUCAGUAAAGUGAACCCAGAAUGCGACGGGACAAAGGACUGCGCAGACGGAUCGGACGAGCAGAAUUGCGACUGCGGGAGCACUAUGUUUAAGACGUCUCGUAUUGUGGGCGGUCAGGACGGGGAGUUUCCCUGGCAGGUCAGCCUCCAUGUCAAAGGUUUUCAGCACGCGUCGUGGAGCUAAUAUAAUGGUUUACGAUGGCUACUUGAUAAUGAAGUUUUGCGCCUGUGUUUCCUCAGGUACUCGCAGCCCGGCACUUGGGAAGUUUACCUGGGCCUUCACAACCAGCAGACGGUUGGAAGUGCGGUGGUAAAGAGGAACCUGAAGCAGAUCAUACCCCACCCCAACUACAACAAAUUCACCUUUGAUAAUGACAUCGCCCUGAUGGAGCUGGACAGCCCUGUCGCUUACUCCGAUUACAUCAAGCCCAUCUGCUUGCCGGCUCCCCAACACGAUUUCCCCGUUGGUAGCACGGUGUGGAUCACCGGGUGGGGCGCCACUCGAGAAGGAGGAUUUGCUGCCAAAGUGCUCCAAAAGGCCCAGGUCCGGAUCAUCAACCAGACGGUGUGUAACGAUCUGAUGGGAGGGGAGAUCACGUCUCGGAUGUUGUGUGCCGGAGUGCUGAGCGGAGGUGUCGAUGCUUGCCAGGGGGACUCUGGCGGCCCUCUGUCCAGUCCGUCCGGCAGAGUUAUGUUCCUGGCAGGAGUGGUCAGUUGGGGGGAUGGCUGUGCCCGCAGGAACAAACCUGGCAUCUACACAGCAGUCACCAAGUUCCGUGGCUUUAUCAAAGAAAAGACAGGAGUGUAGAUAACUGCAAAGUGGCCAAACAAGGCCAUAUAUGGACAUGACAACAGACAGGUGACCACAGUCUGGAUUUUUGCUUCAUUACUCUGACUUUCCAGCUGAUGCAGUGGCCUCGACUCCCAGUCUCAGCUGCAGUGGCAAUGGCACCGUUUGCUUGAAGAGCAUUUGCAACACAUUCUGUGUCCACUGUGAUUUUAUGAGGGUGGGGGUUGACGAAAUGUUUUUAAAUGUAAAUAAACGUUUUAAUUUUGUGUUUUUUUGUUGUUGUUGUUGCUGUUUUAAUGUGUUUGGACAGAGAACAAUGUUAUGUGCUGCACAAGUAAUAGACUUUAGGUGUGAUGGUUACACAUGUUCACCAAUGAAAUGUGCAUCAUUGUACUCUGUUGGCCUAUUUUUUUAUUAGUGGAUAAAGUACAGUAUGUAAUUAUAAUUUCCCUCCACUUUUCCUUGUUGUCUUUGUUCUGAAUUGUGUACAUUAAAAACAAAAUGACAGCAAGCUCAUUCCAUCUUACCUCCUAUGGCUUGGUAUCUUACACAUUUAUCAGUAAUUUUUAGUCUGGCAGAAAUCCCUAAAAAGUCAGUGAUGUGACUGAUGUGCAUUACCUUUUUCAUCAUGGAUGGCAUUUCAUUUCAACAGCUGUGAACUGCUUUUCUAUUGGCAUAAAACCCAUCAGCAUUAAACAUUCAUAAAAGUUUAAUCUUUCAUGUUUAAUUUGAUGACAUGAUAGGUCUCGUCCAUUCAGCACAAUAUCUGUAAUCUUGUCAAUUGAAUCUCUCUAGUGGUUGUAAAUCUGUAUUUGAUAGCAGAUGUUUUUAAAUAAAAUUUGUCAUAUAACCUCGGA